UUCCUCCCUAAACAUCACAUUUAACCUCAGUGAUUGUUCCUAAGUCACAUAUAAAAACCAUAAUUACCUCAAGAGAACUUCCCUCUUUAGCAGCUACGUGUUUAUGGGAUGCUGUUAACAAUCAACUGUGGAGCCAAAGAGACUUGAUUUCCUCAUGAAAUGAUUUCCUGACAUCUCCUGCCAGACUUUCACUUCUGUGCCUCAGUCAUGUAAUAGAAGCUGCAGGAUGAAAUAAAAUCUGACUCAUUUUUCUGUCUCUGCAGAAAAAUAAAACAGAAGUUCACCAACUUCAACUCUCGACUUUCUCUGCAGGGGAUGAAGCAUCUGGGGAUUCUGGCGCUGUUCUUCUUCCUCUCGCUGAUCCAGGAUCAGACGGCGAACAGAGACGACGGGAGGCCGACCUGCAGCCGCUGUGACCUCCAUCACUCCUGUAACUGCUCCUUCAGUGGGUUCACCCAUGUUCCUAUGGUAACGGACCAAGCUCUGAGCCUUGAUCUCUCCCUCAACAACAUCACCAUGGUGACCCAAGAUGACCUGAUGGGACACUCGUGGCUGAGGCUUCUGGAUCUCCAUGGUAACCGGUUAGCUGAGAUCCAUCCGUCAGCGUUCGACUCUCUGUGGAGCCUGGAGGAACUGGAUCUGUCUGACAACCAGCUGAAGUUUCUCAACUCCAAGUGGUUCAACAAGCUGGAGCUGCUGGAGCAUCUCAACCUGAUCCACAAUCCGUACAGCUUUCUUGGGUCGCCUUCAUUGUUCCUUGGACUUUCCAGUCUGAGAAGGCUGAUGUUUGGAGGUCCAGAUCUGAAGGAGCUGAAGAGAGAAGACCUAUCAGGAGUCACCCACCUGGAAGAGCUAACUGUUAGCGCCAACAACCUGGACAGGUAUGACUCUGGUACUUUUGGGGACAUUUGGCCUCUGGGUCAUGUCACCCUAAGUCUUCACGGCCCGUUUUUAACAAACCCUGCGUUGGCAGCAGCUGUGCUCAAUGACGUGUCCUACCCCGACACUCGGCUCACUCUGUCAGACCUCCAUCUGCCUCAUUAUGUGUCUGUUCAACCUCUUAAAGAUGCAAUCAACAUGAUCAGAUAUCUGUCUCUCCGUAAUGCAUCACUGUCUGAUGAAGCAUGUGCCUUCCUGCUGGGACUGCUGGACGGAGUCCCGCUCAGAUCCCUCUCCCUUGAGGGUUUAACUCUGACAGGCCAGGGCAGGUGGGUGACGGCUAACCGGACAGAUCUGAGCAGCAUGGACGAGUUCUCUGCCAGCGACGUCACAAUUUUAGACAUUUUGACGUUUGCCAAGGUUUCAGAAAUACAGUAUCUGUUGCAACACCAGAAGAAACUCUCCAUUAUUAACUCAAAGAUGUUCCUGUUAUCCUGUUAUCUAACCCAGAUGAUGGUGAACACAUUAUACUUGGAUGUGUCCGAUAACCUGCUGACAGACCUGACUCUGUCUUACAUGCUGUGUGACGGCGACGAAACUCUCCAGGAGCUCCGAGUUUUAAACAUAAGCGGAAACCUUCUGAAGUCUUUGUCCAUGUUGAGUCGUCUGGUGACCAAGCUCACCAAGCUCACCCAGCUGGACGUUAGCAGAACCGGCUACAGCUCCAUGCCCCCCAGCUGCUCCUGGCCGUCCACCAUGAGGUACCUCAACAUCUCCCGGGCGAAGCUAACCAUCGUCACUCCCUGUCUUCCAAAAUCCCUGGAGGUACAGGAUCUGGGUCAAAGACCAGAAAACCUUCCCACUGAAAAGAUGCUUUAUAUUUAUCUCCUCCUUGGUUCUUUAAAGGUGUUGGAUUUAAGCUAUAAUGAUCUCAAAGAAUUUGUGUUGACAUUUCCAAUUCUGAGAGAGCUCCAUCUUUCUGGAAACAAGUUCCUGAGGUUACCAGCAGGGGGCCAAUACCCCAAUCUGCAAACACUCAUGAUACAGUCAAACACCUUGAACUCGUUCAGCCUUUCAGACCUUCAGUCAUACAGACGACUUCAGAACCUCGAGGCGGGACACAACAAGUUUGUUUGCUCCUGUGGAUUCGUCACAUUCCUCCGCUCACAACUAACAGGAAGUGGACAUGUGAAAAUAACAGAUAAAUAUCAGACCUAUGUCUGUGACUCCCCUCUCUACCUGCAGGGGGAGGCAGUGAGUCAUGUUAGCCUCUCCAUCAUCCAGUGCCAGCCAGUUUUGUUCGUGUCUGUUAGCUGUGGGGUCACACUGUUUCUGGGGUUACUGGUUGCUGGCCUGCUUUGGCGAUGCCACGCAUUCUGGUUCCUGAAGAUGACCUGGGCAUGGCUCAAGGCCAAGAGACGUUCCCAACGACGACGGCGAAACAGAAACACGGAGGAAUCAGAUCCACUGCUGUCCUUUGAUGCAUUUGUUUCCUACAGUGAACAAGAUGCCAGCUGGGUGGAAAACUUUCUGGUACCGGAGAUGGAGGAGCCAAGCGACUCGGAGAAUCCAACAUCCCCGUUGACUCUCUGUCUCCACAAGCGAGACUUCCUUCCUGGGCACUGGAUCAUGGACAACAUCAUGAGCGCCAUCGAACGCAGUCGUCGUACGAUCUUCAUCCUCUCUGAGAACUUCGUCCAGUCCGACUGGUGCCGCUAUGAACUGGACUUCUCCCACUUCUGGCUGUUUGAGACCGGCGGAGACGCUGCCAUCUUGAUUCUGCUGGAGCCGCUGUCCAAGGACGACGUCCCCAAACGUUUCUGCAAACUGCGCAAACUCAUGAGCUCCACCACCUACCUGGAGUGGCCUGAAGACGAGGAGAGGAGGCCGGAGUUCUGGAGGAGCCUCCGCAACGCGCUGAGAGGAGACAAAGAGCAGAACUGACAGAUAAAAAACUAAAGAGAAAGAGAAGAACUUCACUGUCAGAGAGACAGUCGACAAUGUACCUAAUAAAAACUGAGAUGGAUUG